CGCGAUACAUUUCCAAUCCCUCACAUUAAAUUCCGACAUCGAGUGUGUAGUCUUAUUAGACGUCCAAAACGCGCAAUGCUGGCCGCAAGACUCGGUUUUCAGACAGCCUCGCGAUCACUGCGUGUACGGCCUCUCUUACAAGCACAUACUAAGCGACUAUCAGCACCUCAGUUCCGCCAAUUUGCAGAUCGCCCACCAUACAAUCAAUUUCCCAGACCAAGGAGUGGACAGCAGCAAUGGAGCCGCUUUGGUCCCGUGCGAAAUGCUCAAUAUCUUUGGAGGUAUCAUCGAACUGCUGUCUUGACUGUAGGCGGUGGUGGCGUGGCAUUCUACGUGUACAAUCUUGAGGAAGUACCCAUCACACACCGCCGACGGUUCAAUAUUUAUUCUCCCGAGUCAGAAAAGGCAGAAGCCGGUGGCCCUCAGGCCUAUAACACGAUUCUCAACCAGUACCGGGGCAGGAUCCUUCCGGCCGACCAUCGUUUGACAGAAAUGGUGGCCCAUGUUGUCGAACGUCUGCUCCCAUCGACCGGAGGGUUGGCAGGUGAUGAGUGGCGGGUACACGUCAUAGAUGAUCCAGAACAAAAGAACGCAUUCGUUAUGCCGGGAGGGAAGGUAUUUGUCUUCACUGGAAUUCUCCCAAUCUGUCAAACCGAAGCAGGCAUCGCUGCUGUUCUCGGGCAUGAGAUUGCGCACAAUGUCGCGCAUCACGCGGCGGAACAGAUGUCGAACAGACUGCCCAUGGCCGCCGCCUCUGUUAUCAUCCAGCUACUUUUCCAGACCGAUAGCUACCUCUCCGAUUCGGCCGUGAACCUUUUGAUGAACCUUCCUCACUCGCGGGUCCAAGAGGCCGAAGCGGACCAUAUCGGUCUUUUGAUGAUGGCCGAGGCAUGCUAUGACCCUCGAGAAGCGGUGGCAUUCUGGACACGGAUGAAGAAGGCAGAGCAAUACGAACCUCCUCAAUUCUUGUCGACACACCCCACGCAUUACAAUCGCAGCGAAGCACUUAAGCAGUGGAUGCCAGAAGCUCUGACAAAGUAUGCGGACAGUGGCUGUGAAGGGACAAAUCGGUCUCUCCGAGAUUUUAUCGGCACAAUGGGAAGACAACUACCUGCACCUUGAUAUGGAGGGGCGCCUGUGCAGCAAGGUUCAAUGUUAGCCUCUUGGUUCGAAUACUAAGUCCCUCUUCGAUGACAAGCAUUUCACCGUCGACAUGCAUAUCUGCAGCUUUUCUCCUGCAUUCAGUCCUUGGAAAACCUGGCUAUUUUGGAUUCAGCUGAUGAAACCUCUCUCGAUUCUAUGAUUCGCGGAACCACACAGCCUGAUAGCGACUAGUACACGAGGUGCUUCCGAAGUGGCGCCUUAGCUGGCGUGUUACAUUCAUUUACUAGGUAUUCUUGACUGCCUGCAUGUACAACACAGAUUCGCAUCUUCGCCUCUUUCUCGAAUGAUCUCCCGCCCAGUCAUACUAGGGUCGACUUUAUUUCGGGCCUAUCUCUCAACUCACCUUACCCUCAUAACAGGGCAACAUCAUGUCUGGGAAGACUGAUGUUCCCCAGCGUCGCUUCAACCAUGCGUGCUACAUCUGGCAGUGGCCGUGCCAUAGGCCUCGAAUUUGCCGAGGUAGGAUGCACAUGACUCGCUCUUCUCGAUAUCAAUGAAGCAGGGCGAAAGACCACCAAAACACUUGUCCUGGAACAAUUCAAACCCGCCACCGCGGCCCGCACCAUCACCACCGACCUAGCGGCCAGACCACCACCACUCGAAAUCGGCAUUCACAAAGUCGACGUCUCGUCUCGCCGAAAACGUCGCCGCCGCCUUUGCCGCGACAAGGGCUAAAUUCUGUCGCAUCGAUUACUCUGUUCAUCUGCGCAGGCUUCCUCGUUUUCAGCGGGGGCAGUGCCGUCCUGUCCGUGGAGUCUUUUGGCAGAGAUACCUGCAAUCAUCUACUGUGGCCUGUGGCUCUUGCUCUGGCGAAGCCAUCAGGAUCAUACGUACCCAAACCCCUUCGACAACGAAGCGUACCCGGACGCCCGGAGCUCCACCGCCAACGUUAUCUUCAGAUUUGGCACUGUACACGAUACCCCAAUUCGCCUGCGUGCAGCGGCGUCCAAGGCAGCCAUAUUGGUCCGUCAAGCGGUUCGACGUCGUUUCCUGCAGCCAGUGACGAGAUCCCGCGUCAACGUUGCGUUUGCCGGGACAUCAUCAACUCGUCCAUGACGGACCCGAACCCUCAAUAAUGAGGCCGUGACUGGACGAGAACGCCGCCUGAAACACACCCGUGAACCGAUUUCGGACGACCAGAAGCCGAAGUCGCCGACGUGUGUGCGUCUUCCUGCGCGGGCCAACAAGGCGAGCUACGCCGCCGGUGCCAGCUGGAGUUGUCGAUGUAUGGGGGUUGGGUUUCUGGUGAUCGAAGAUCUUUGAAGACACUUAUCAUACGGAUAGCCUACCUAGGUAUACUUUCUCGAGCACAAAGCGGCCCGGAAACGUCCUGGUAUCUGUAAUCAAUUCUGCUCCAAUUCAGACACUACUACGGAGUCAAAAAAGAGAAAGAGGAAUACUACAAAAUGGGUAUCUCUCCUUUUUUCUUUCUUCGUUUUCCUUUUCAUCUCUUUCCGUUUGGCUAUCAACUCACGUAUCUUCAUUUCCCCCUCAGCUCUCAUAUUGGCAUUGGACAUUAUCCGAGUUGGCUUACUACCCUAUAUACACCUAGGUAUCAAAUAUCAAGAUCCGGCCCCCAUAAGAUAUUUAACUAUGUACUCCAGGGAAAAAGUCAUGACACGUCCACCGUCUUUUGAUCUCAUAAAUAUAUGAAUAAACCACGUCAAUAUCAUUGGUAUCAGCUAAGAGUCGGACUCUGCGCGGGGCUUCGUUCGGUCUCAAUCUUGGUCCUCAACAUCUUCACAUACGUACUCUGGC